CGGUUCCUCGCUCCCGGUCGGGGCCGCCGGGUCCCGCAACAAUGGGGACCGACUGGAGACGCGGCCUGGGCCCCUGGCAUGCAGUGGGUCGGGGCAGCUAGAUGGACCCAGCACCCCGGGCCUUCGGGACACGGGGUCCCACCCGGGAAACUCCAGUGACCGGAGGUUUGGCGGGGGUCUUGGGCCUCGACCCGGGGCCUCAGAGGCUUGAUAUUUGAGGAUUUCGUAGCCGGGGAAGGGAGUCAUAGGGACACGGAGACCUAACUGUGGUCGCCCUGCGCUUUUGGCGCUGGAUGCUGGCGCCCCGGAGGAUGACCAGAGCGCGGUGUGGGGUAGGGGAAGUAUUUGGAAUUUUAGGGGCCUCUAUGUGUCUAAUCCCUAAGGCGCAUCUGAAUGCGUUUCCUGGCCACCCUCUCCUGAGGUCUGGGAAUUUGGCAGACUGCGGUCGGGCUGGGGCAGAAGAGGCAUUGAGAGUUUAGCUUGUCUGAGGUAACUGGUGAUUAGUUCCUGGAAAGGCAGGAGCUCAGCUGGGCACAGGAGAGUUAAGCAGAGAACUGGAUCCUCCGGGGCCUUGAUGCACCCUGACGAGGAGUGGUUCUCAGGCAAGGAACUUAUCAGAAGAGUGAGUAGUGACACACGGUGAGUAGUGCUAGCUGUCUUGUCGUUAGGGUGAGGCUGGUGGGAGUUGUGGUUUGGGGAGUGUAGACGAGGGUUGAUAGGCUACUGAGAUUGGAGAAUCAGCUUUAUUUGGGUCAUGGUGGUGGCAGCCUGGGAGAUGAACAAGGAAACUUUGCAGAGUGGGCUUCCUGAUGGAGAAUGACCUCUUACUGCGUGGGAGUGGGUGACUCAUUAUCUGUUAGGAUUCCUGUUGCUUGCUAGGGAUUGUGGCUGACUAUAUUGGUGGCUGAACAUUGAGGUGUAUGCAACUGGAAGGGUUAUGUGGGGCUGGAUGAGUUUGUUCCCAUGUAGAGGACAGUGUGGACCUUUCUUUCUUACUCCAAGUCAGAGUGGUGGUUGUCAUUUGACAACAUUUUAAGUAAGGAAUUUCUUUGUGGUAUUUGGAUCCACAGCUUUUCUUUGUUCAUUUUUUUCUUUCCUCCGUUGUUUUUGAAUUGUGACUCAUACUUUCUUUUCAGCACUGUGGCUAUUGUUUGAAAUGAUAGACAAACUUAGACUUCAUCAUACAUAUUCCCUAGGAAGCCAUCACACUCCUUCCUACUGUGGUUUUGGGAGCAUGAAGGCGUUGCUUAUCCCCUGUGUCUGGUUCACUGUAUGUAGGCUGGGAGUGUCUGCUGAUCACCUGGAGUGCUGUCCCUUGGAACAGGAGGAGUAAGAUUGAGCACCCCUGCAGUGGACCAUGAGUCGGUAAUGCCCACUGAGGACCUCUGGGAGCCAUGUCAGACGAAUCUGCCUCAGGGAGCGAUCCAGACCUGGACCCGGACGUGGAGCUGGAGGAUGCGGAAGAGGAGGAGGAGGAGGAGGAGGUGGCAGUGGAGGAAUGUGACAGGGAUGAUGAAGAAGACCUGCUGGAUGACCCAUCCCUGGAAGGCAUGUGUGGCACUGAGCAUGCCCAGUUGGGAGAAGAUGGGCAGCAGCCACCGCGGUGCACUUCAACUACCUCAUCUCAGUCUGAGCCUUCAGAGCAGCUUAGGCACCACCAAGGCAAGAACCUAGUCUCAGAGGACCCCAAAAAGAAGAGAGCUCAGAAGCCCUCCCACAUGAGAAGAAACAUACGAAAGCUACUCCGGGAGGAUCAAUUGGAGCCUGUUACCAAAGCAGCACAGCAAGAAGAGUUGGAAAGAAGGAAGCGCCUGGAGCAGCAGAGGAAAGAUUAUGCAGCCCCUAUUCCUACUGUUGCGCUGGAAUUCCUCCCUGAGGAAAUUGCUUUAAGAGCAAGUGAUGGUCCCCAACUGCCUCCUCGGGUCUUGGCCCAGGAAGUCAUUUGUUUGGACAGUAGCAGUGGCAGUGAGGAUGAAAAAAGCAGUCGAGAUGAGGUGAUAGAACUGAGCUCUGGAGAGGAGGACACUCUGCAUAUUGUGGACAGCAGUGAGUCUGUCAGUGAAGACGAUGAGGAAGAAGAGAAGGGUGGCACCCAUGUCAAUGAUGUCUUAAACCAGCGUGAUGCCCUUGGGCGGGUCCUUGUCAACCUAAACCACCCUCCAGAGGAGGAAAAUGUCUUCCUUGCCCCACAGUUGGCACGGGCUGUGAAACCUCAUCAGAUUGGCGGAAUCCGGUUCCUUUAUGAUAACUUGGUGGAAUCCCUGGAGAGGUUUAAGACCAGCAGUGGCUUUGGCUGUAUUCUGGCCCACAGCAUGGGUCUGGGGAAAACUUUGCAAGUGAUCUCUUUCGUCGAUGUCCUCUUCCGCCACACGCCAGCCAAAACAGUCCUUGCCAUUGUGCCGGUUAAUACUCUUCAGAAUUGGCUGGCAGAGUUCAACAUGUGGCUUCCACCUCCUGAAGCCCUCCCGGCUGACAACAAGCCUGAAGAAGUCCAGCCUCGGUUCUUUAAAGUUCACAUCUUGAAUGAUGAGCACAAGACGAUGGCAUCUCGUGCUAAAGUAAUGGCUGAUUGGGUGUCAGAGGGUGGGGUGCUACUGAUGGGGUAUGAGAUGUACAGACUCCUCACUCUGAAGAAAUCAUUUGCCACAGGUAGACCGAAGAAAACCAAGAAACGUUCUCACCCAGUCAUCAUUGAUCUAGAUGAGGAAGAUCGGCAGCAGGAGUUUCGGAGAGAGUUUGAGAAGGCUUUAUGCCGCCCUGGCCCUGAUGUAGUAAUCUGUGAUGAGGGACACCGCAUCAAAAACUGCCAGGCCAGCACCUCACAGGCUCUGAAGAAUAUCCGCUCUCGCCGCCGGGUGGUGCUGACUGGGUACCCUCUGCAAAACAACCUCAUUGAGUACUGGUGCAUGGUGGACUUUGUGCGCCCAGACUUCCUUGGCACCCGGCAGGAGUUCAGCAACAUGUUUGAACGCCCUAUCCUGAACGGGCAAUGUAUUGACAGCACACCUCAGGACGUCCGCCUCAUGCGGUACCGGAGCCAUGUCUUGCACAGUCUUCUGGAGGGCUUUGUGCAGAGGAGAGGCCACACUGUGCUGAAGAUUCAUCUCCCUGCCAAGGAAGAAAAUGUGAUCCUUGUGCGGCUCUCCAAGAUCCAGCGAGAUUUGUACACGCAGUUCAUGGAUCGCUUCCGGGACUGUGGUAGCAGCGGUUGGCUGGGGCUGAACCCCCUUAAGGCAUUCUGCGUGUGUUGCAAGAUCUGGAAUCACCCUGAUGUGCUGUAUGAAGCCCUUCAGAAGGAGAGCUUGGCCAAUGAGCAGGACCUAGAUGUGGAAGAACUUGGCUCUGCGGGGACCAGUACCCGCUGUCCACCACAGGGAACAAAAGGCAAGGGGGAGGAUAGCCCCUUGGCUUCCUCAGUGGGAGAGGCAACCAAUAGCAAGUUCCUACAGGGCGUUGGCUUCAACCCUUUCCAGGAGCGAGGCAACAACAUCGUCACAUAUGAAUGGGCCAAGGACCUUCUGACUAAUUACCAGACUGGAGUCUUAGAAAACUCUCCCAAGAUGGUACUGCUUUUCCACCUGAUUGAGGAAAGUGUGAAGCUUGGGGACAAGAUCCUUGUGUUUAGCCAGAGCCUUUCCACCUUGGCUCUCAUCGAGGAAUUCCUUGGAAAACGAGAAGUACCCUGUCCACCUGGUGCCGAGGGGCAAGGAGCACAGAAGUGGGUUCGAAACAUUAGCUACUUCCGGCUAGAUGGUAGCACCCCUGCCUUUGAGAGGGAGCGGCUCAUUAAUCAGUUCAAUGAUCCCAGCAACCUCACCACCUGGCUGUUCCUUCUUUCUACAAGGGCCGGAUGCUUGGGUGUGAAUCUGAUUGGUGCCAACCGAGUGGUGGUGUUUGAUGCUUCCUGGAACCCUUGCCAUGACGCCCAGGCAGUAUGUCGGGUAUACCGUUAUGGCCAGAAAAAGCCCUGUUACAUCUAUCGCCUUGUGGCUGAUUACACUCUAGAAAAGAAGAUCUAUGACCGUCAGAUUUCCAAGCAGGGCAUGUCAGAUCGGGUGGUGGAUGAUCUAAAUCCAAUGCUGAACUUUACCCGGAAAGAGGUAGAAAACCUACUGCACUUUGUUGAGAAGGAGCCAGCUCCCCAAGUUUCCUUGAACAUAAAGGGGAUCAAGGAGUCAGUCCUGCAACUGGCUUGUCUGAAGUACCCUCACCUCAUCACCAAGGAGCCUUUCGAGCAUGAGUCAUUGCUCCUGAACCGAAAGGAUCACAAGCUAACCAAGGCUGAGAAAAAAGCAGCAAAGAAAAGCUAUGAGGAAGACAAACGCACGUCAGUCCCCUAUACCCGCCCAUCGUAUGCGCAGUAUUACCCUGCCAGUGAUCAGAGCCUGACCAGCAUCCCUGCCUUCAGCCAGAGAAACUGGCAGCCAACUUUGAAGGGUGAUGAAAAGCCUGUGGCCAGUGUUCGUCCUGUACAGUCCACCCCCAUCCCCAUGAUGCCCCGGCAUGUCCCACUGGGAGGCAGCGUAAGCUCUGCCUCCAGCACAAAUCCAUCCAUGAACUUUCCGAUCAACUACUUGCAGCGUGCAGGAGUCCUUGUGCAGAAGGUGGUCACCACGACAGAUAUUGUUAUUCCUGGACUGAAUAGCUCCACAGAUGUACAGGCAAGAAUUAAUGCUGGUGAGAGCAUCCACAUCAUCCGUGGGACAAAAGGGACAUACAUCCGUACCAGUGAUGGACGGAUCUUUGCUGUCCGGGCAACUGGCAAACCAAAGGUUCCUGAAGAUGGUCGGAUGGCUGCCUCAGGUUCCCAGGGACCUUCUUGCGAGUCCACAAGCAACGGCAGACACAGUGCCUCAUCACCCAAAGCCCCUGAUCCUGAGGGGCUGGCCAGGCCCGUCUCUCCUGACAGCCCAGAGAUCAUCAGUGAGCUUCAGCAGUAUGCAGAUGUGGCUGCUGCCCGGGAAUCCCAUCAGAGCUCCCCAAGCGCCAGUGCCGCCCUGCCUGGCCCCCCGGCCCAACUUAUGGACAGCAGUGCUGUUCCUGGGACAGCUCUCGGAACUGAGCCUCGACUAGGGGGUCAUUGCCUCAGUAGUUCCCUCUUGGUGACUGGCCAGCCCUGUGGUGAUAGGCACCCAGUGCUGGACUUAAGGGGCCACAAGCGAAAGUUGGCCACACCACCUGCUGCCCAGGAGUCAUCCCGCCGGCGGUCCAGGAAGGGUCAUCUGCCAGUCCCCGUGCAGCCGUAUGAACACGGGUAUCCAGUCUCUGGCGGGUUUGCCAUGCCACCCGUCUCCUUAAACCAUAACCUCACCACCCCCUUCACCUCCCAGGCUGGGGAGAACUCCCUGUUUAUGGGCAGUACCCCCUCCUACUACCAGCUGUCCAAUUUGCUGGCAGAUGCCCGCCUGGUGUUUCCAGUGACUACUGACCCUCUGGUGCCAGCAGGCCCCGUCAGUUCCUCUUCCACGGCUACCUCAGUCACUGCCAGCAACCCCUCCUUCAUGCUCAACCCUUCUGUGCCAGGGAUACUACCCAGCUAUUCACUCCCAUUCUCACAGCCACUCCUGUCCGAGCCGAGGAUGUUUGCGCCUUUUCCUUCCCCUGUCUUGCCCAGCAACCUUUCGCGGGGCAUGUCUAUCUAUCCAGGCUACAUGUCCCCACAUGCAGGCUACCCAGCUGGUGGCCUUCUACGGUCCCAGGUGCCUCCAUUUGACUCUCAUGAGGUCGCCGAGGUGGGGUUCAGCUCCAAUGAUGAUGAGGAUAAGGAUGAUGAUGUGAUAGAGGUCACUGGGAAAUAGCUGGGGAGCCCCUCCCCACCUCACUUGGGGCCCCCAGCAGGUUGCCCACCAAGCUGGAAGGCAGUGAUUUAGACUUUUUGAGAAUAGGACACUUGGCAGGAGGGAAAAGGAAGAGGACAAAGGAGGGUGGUUGGCCAAAGUGGCAGAGCUCUGUUGCUGUUUAACAAAAGAGGCGAAAAAAAAAAAGGUCCAGCAGAGCAGCAAUAGUGGGAAAUCAGGGACCCAAAACAGGGAUGGAGGGGCAGUGCAGCCUCUUUUCCUUCCUGCCUUGCUUAUGCUGUCUGCUUGCUUGCUCGCCCAUCUGAGUGUAGAAGCGCACAUCCCAUUUCUGUUUUUGGGAACAUUCUCUCCCAAGAGAGCUGCCUUACUAGGUGACUUAGCUUGGCCUGGGGAGGGGAUUGAAGGGAGGGAGAAUGAGUGAGAGAAGGAGGGUGGGUAGCAGGAGCAGACUGUGAUCCCAUGUGAAGUGGGGUCUUUUUAGGGGUUGGGAAGGAAGCUGACCAGGUAUGUGUGUUUGUGAGUGUGUGGGUGUAUGUUUAUGUAUGUAUGUAUGUAUAUGUAUGGAACAGAGCAGGGGUGAAGGUGGGAGGGGAGGGAGGGAAGAACUAAGAGGGAAACUGAAAAAUGAAUUUAUCUUUCUUUAAAUGGAAGUCAGUUUGGUGGUUCAUGGCACCUAUUAGUGUGAACAUCAGGGUGAGCCCAGAAGAGCCAUGGAAAUCACAAGUUUCCUUCUAGAUGGGUGAAGAGAAGGCCCAGCUAACUCAAGUGUCUGGUUUUCAGAGCCACAUUUGUGUGAGAAUGUGGGGAAAUUCAUGAGAGAAAAUGGGCAUUACCAAUCUAUGUCUCUUAACCCCGGUGGCUAUCUCUGAGCAGCUCUCCCUUUCCAGCGUGGAAGGUUGUCUGUGUGCAGAGGCUGGGAGGGAGAAGCACUGCAGUAUGUGAAUGAAAGGUCAUAGAGUUGUGGCUGGAAAAGACAUUUUUCACCAGGGUAGAACUGAGCCUCCAGCUGCCUAUCCUGGUAGUCUUUCCUGUUUCUUUCCUUCCCCUUUAGAGAGCUCCAUGUUAAUUUAUUUCUUAUGGGCAAUUAUUUAUUACUUGGACUUUUCAUGUGUCUUGUUUAUUUGGGGGUGGGGUGGGGGGAGGUUAGGGGUAAGGAGGGUAGGAGAUAGAAAGGGAAGUUUUAAGAUAUCCCAGACCCUAUAGCUACUGGUGAAAAACAAUCCUGGAUGGAUGGUAAAUUGACCAGGGGAAGAGUUAGGUUUGACCAAGGUUUGGAUUAAACAACUAUAUUUUUGAGAGAUGGCUUUUCAGGAAGAUCAGGGAAUCCUGAGACUGGAUAGUUAGUGGAGGGUGAGACUCAUUCCACAGAAAUUGAAAGUUGUGAUCAUAGAGUUUGCAAUUGGAAAGUAAGAGACCCCAGAUUUGGAGCUAUAUCCUUCUGGGAUGACCUUAGAGGCUGGCUCUCUAUGCCGAAUAGUGAAGCUGUGGAUAGGUGGUUGCUGGGUUGAGGGAUUAUUGAUUUCUUGUUAGGAAAUGUCUUCAGGUAGUCCAUGUAGGCCUGGUGUCUGCUGCCUCCAUAUUUGAAGGAACAUGGAGGAGCCCUUUCUCUGUAGGAGCCCUAAGUCUGGGUUUUACCUUAAAAGAACGCGCCAGUCAUUCUGGGUCUCCCAUUAUUGCCAUUGCCAGGGGAGGGUCGUCUAGUCCUUAAGCAUAAACACUGGCUGUCUUCCUAUUGGUGUCCCUGCCCCCUCUGUAUCCACCACCCCAAGACUUUGCCAGACGGUUCUUUAUGAUGAACAAACUUUGGCUUUAGAGCUUUACCACUUACCCAUGGCUCCCUCCUUACUGGGCAGGUGCUGUACCUGCCUCUUCCCAGCCCAGAAGGCAGCUUAGUCAGGUUAUCCCAGUAGUAGCUCCUGCAGUUCUUCUGACCAGCCCAUUUCCAUCUUUGGAGGGCCUUAGCAGACUCUGGGGUAUUGUCCUCAGAGAAGAGACAAGGACAUGAUGGAUGGGAUGCAUGUGUAUAUGUGUGUUUGUCUGCUGUCCAAUAACACCAAAAGUGGAACUUAAGAAGCUUUGUGUUUUCAUAAGCACCCUGCCAGACACUUAACUCUUCUACUCAUGGAAGCCUUAGAUCUACAAUUUAGCUAUGCAAAUUAUUUUAAUAAUUUAAAAAUAGCAGUUCCAACCAGUGCUUUCUCUUUCAGAUGCAUCCCAAGAAUGGAUGGUGAAGGGACUCAGUUGGAGUGGGCUCUCAGGUUGAGGCUGGUGCAGUAGGAGUGAGCUAGACUGAAUCUCCAAUUUACAGGACAUACUCAGAACCUGGGUUACACUGAUGCCUCUCAGGCCCUGGAGCACUGGGAUCCCAGAGACGCAUGUGUGCAAGUGUGUAUGUGUGUGUGUGUGUGUGUUUUGUCGGGAGAAGGGGGUAUUUCUGUGUUCACUUCUAGGAAAUCACUGUACCAACCUCCAAGAAUCCGGAAACCUUCCCAGCCGGGAACUGAAACCAUUCCCUGGAGGGAUGGGCUUGACUUUUGAAGUUGACAGAAAGUAAAUGGGUAUUCUGAGAGGCAGCACAUGCUUACUCUCUACCCAGUGUUCCAGGGACUGGGUCUUGCUUCUACUCAGCAGAGGCCAUCAUUCUGAGAGGCUGACCUGACUAGAGAAGACUUUCUCUCAUAUGUGCAGUUUCUAUUGUGUAGAGGGGUUGGGGGUGGGAUCAUGGGAAAUUGGAGUGCUACCAGGUCCGUGGUUUUUGCUUUUUUUUUUUUUUUUAAAGAAAAGAACCUGAAAACACUUCUGACUUUUCCGCUGUCUCUUUAUGUGUGCUGGUAGGCAAAUGUGCAUGCAUACCAAACAUAAGCAUGUUUGUGAGGGAAGCGGGAAGUAUCUCAGAGCCUAAGAACCAUGUUUUACAGUUUCUUUGAUCAUAAACACUUGGUGGUGUCUUCCACCCACCAUCCAGGCCUGAGUCGGGGUUGUGGCUGGUAAUAAGAGGGAGGGCAGAAAAUCAGGCCUAGGCGUUUUCCCUUACCAUUGUCUUCAUGAAAUGUUUUCAAGGGCCUCUCAAGCCCCAUUCAUCUGGUUUAGCCAAGUUCUCAGCCUGGGGAACACAGUACUACUUAAUGAUUCAGGUUUACCAUUUAUAGUGAUGCUUGAUUUCCUUAAUAUAUUUGUAGAUAAAAAUUGAACAGGGACAAAGUAGCUAUUUAAGAAAGGAAGUGAACCAUGUUGGGUCAUAUCAUUUUAUUUAGAUUGGGUAUCUAUGAAGUCCACACUUCUUUGAGUUAUGCUUCUUAGCCAUCUAUCUCAUCAUCUCCUGAUUUAAGGAUAAUUCUGUCUGGUCCUUGGAGCUCUCUUCCCUAAGAAUUAGUGUGUGGAGUCUCUAUAUGCUUGUGAUUCACAACUAAAUAUGAAAUUUCUCAAUUCAGGAGCAGGAAGCAAAGUGCUGGGGUAAAGUUUUGCAGAUUGGUUGAAACACUUAGCCAAAGUUAAGUGACCUGGGUAGGACCAUCACUCCCAAAGUUGUCAGCAGAGAAGGGCCCUCUGUGUCAGCCUAUUCAAGCCUGGUAUUGUUCUGAAAUUAAGUCCUUAUCCCAUGGAGAAGGUCUUCUGGGGGCUUUACAUUCUUUGUUACUAGUGUUCUGGAUAUUACCUUCUGCUUUCCACUUCUUUUUUUUUUUUUUUUUUUGAGAUGGAGUCUUGCUUUGUUGCCCAGGCUGGAGUGCAGGGGCAUGAUCUUGUCUCCCUGUAACCUCCAGUCACGGGUUCAAGCGAUCCUCCUGCCUCAGCCUCCCAAGUAGCUGGGAUUACAGGUGCACACCACUACGCCCAGUAAUUUUUGUAUUUUUUAGUAGAGACGGGGUUUCACCAUGUUGGUCAGGCUGGCCUUGAACUCCUGACCUCAAGUGGAUCCGCCUGCUUUGGCCUCCCAAAAUGUUGGGAUUACAGGCAUGAGCCACUGCUCCCAGCCCCCACUUCCUUUUGAUUUCUCAGAAGAUCAGUCUUUCCCUUCUGAGCCAUGGCCUUCUGUGCACCCAGCUCAGUGGCUCUUCACCUCCAAAACUAGGUGAAGUCAUCCUUCCCCAAAAGGACACCGGGGAGAUGUUCUGGCCCUCUGCUGACUACUCCCAGGAAUCAGUAUCUCAAGGACUAUUUGAGAAUGCUGUGCUCUCCAUUGGUCACCUUCAGACUCUGUUCCCCUGCUGCCAGCUCUUCUCUUCUGCCCUGUGUAUUUUGCUGUGAUCCCCUUAAUGGCUUUUCUGUGCUACUAGCUUGGCCCUAGGCCUUUUAUGAAUAUCUGAGUCUUAUAACGAUGAACUUCUUGAGCAGGCAGUGUCCAACUUCUUUGCUCUUCAGGGACCUGAGUGUGCACCUUUCGCUUUUGCAGGUCUAUUUGACAUAGUAAUCUAGUGCGUUGGGGAGGGGUAGCCAAGCAGACUGCAGUGUCUGCAAUGCAGAGGGCUUGGGGAGGUUUGGGUACUCUCUGCUGCCACUACUGGGAUGAUAAUCAGAAGAGAGAGGACCUAAUACUGUGACCGGACCCAGGACCCUCCCUGGAAGAGAGCUCAGCCCAGCUGUGUGUGUGUGUGUGUGUGUGUGUGCGCGCGCGUGUGUGUAUGUAUGUGUGUGCUGUGCUCAUCUGCACCUGGGUGUAAAAUGACUGUUAUCUGGUUGUGUUACUCAGGGUGGGCUGGGGACUCACCAGAAGAAUCCCCCCCAGCCUGCCCAAGACAGGUUUUUCCCUUGUACCAUCUUCAGAGAGGUCAGGGGAAGAGGGUCCAGGUGGGUUAAGGGGGGUCGCUAUGGACAACCACUAAGACCAGACUGCUGCCAGGAGGAGUGGGGGAUAAUGAGGUGGCCCCAGGGUCCUGGCAUCUGGCUUUGGUUUUCCGUCUUCUUUCCUCAGGACGCCCCUGAGGCCUGGGACCUGUGCCUGGCUUUGAGGAGCAUCUGUGGCUGGGUGAUCCAGCUGCUGGUGUGAUCAUGGGCUUCCCUCCUCUCAGCAGGGCAGGCGCUCCUGCCCCAGAGACUGGGCAACUGGCUGUUUCUAUGACGUAUUUAUUUUUACUUGUGUUUCAUGUCACUUUUUUAAAAAAAAAAAGCAAACAGAACAAUUGUAAGUCAGUAUAACUGCCUAUCAGUUUUCUUUAUUUCUCUUUUUGUAAAAUAAAAUUUAAACUCAA